AUGGCGACGCCUGCAUCGGCGAGAAAGGAGACGGUAGUGUCGGCGCCUGGAAAGGUGCUGAUCGCGGGUGGCUACUUGGUCCUCGACCCCGCUUAUCCCGGUCUGGUCAUCUCGACUUCUUCGCGUUUCUACACAGUAGUACGGACAAGGGACGGGGAGGCCUCGGGACGCUUUCCGGUAAAGGUCCUGUCACCCCAAUUUGUCGGCGCUGAAUGGGGAUUCGUAGUAUCGAUACAAGGGGAGGAGGUCACAUUGGUGCAGACAAAGGAGACGUACACUUCGCCUCACGCCGGACCAAACCCUUUCUUGUCUCUUUCCAUCUUGUAUGCGCUCCGCCUCGCGAAAGAGACCCGUGGAACCGACGCACUGGCUGCUUCUCUCUCGCCUGGUGGUCUUGACAUUUACGUUCUGGCCGACAACGACUUCUACUCACAACGCAGCAGUAGCGGCGCGGCGCCGAGCACCUCUGAGCUACAGUCAAUUCCUCCUUUCCAGUCACAGGGGAAACCGAUAAAAGACGUUCACAAGACUGGGUUGGGAUCGAGUGCAGCCAUGACGACGUCACUUGUCGGCUCGCUCCUCAUUCACCUUGGUGCUGUGCCCACUGCACCAGACGGCUCCCUUCCUUCCGAGUCGCUCGCAUUGAUCCACAACACAGCGCAACUGGCUCAUUGCGCCGCUCAAGGGAAGGUUGGCUCUGGAUUCGACGUGUCAGCAGCUGUAUGGGGAAGUCAUCUCUUUCGCAGAUUCGACAAGGAUGUCAUACAGGGAAUCUUGGAUAGAGGGGAGAGGGUCGCUGUGGAAGGAUCCCCGGAAGCCGAGACGAGCGAUUCAUCAGAAACUCUCUGGCCAGCCCUUCAGCCUUCCAACCCCCUUUGGCACCCGUCGCCCCUUUCUUCGGGUCAGGUGGGCGAAACGCACCCAACAGCAGUCGAAGGCCUCGCAGCUUCUAUCUCCGACAAUCUCAAAGUCGCAAGACCGGCACCCAUGGCGCUUCCGCCGCGCUUUGAGAUGGUGCUGGCUGAUGUCGACGCAGGCAGCAACACGCCCAGCUUGGUCGGCAAGGUGACAGAGUGGAAGAGGAGCAAGCCGGAAUGGGCCAAACAGCUCUACCGGAUCCUGGCGUCGGCGAAUCAGACUCUGGCGGAUUCCCUCUUUUCGCUCACGCUGGCAUACGGACAAGAUCCAGAGGCCUACGACGAGGCCGUUGAACUGGCAGCUUCGAAAAAGAGCAAAGAGUGGGAUGCUCUGGUGAAAGAAAAGCCAUCUUCGGUUCUCAAGCUCCUCAUCGAGACUCGCAAUGCCAUGCGGUCUGUUCAAGGCGGUAUGCGCGAACUUGGGAGACAAGCAGGUGCGCCUGUCGAGCCAAACGAGAUGGGCGACGUCAUCAAGGCCAGCAUCGACGGGUCCGAAGGCAUCGUUGGAGGAGGCGUUCCCGGCGCUGGAGGCUAUGACGCAAUGUUCCUCCUCUACCUGCGCCCGCCGUCUGUAGGCAAUGGAUCCGCGCCAGGCCGAGACAAGGUCGAGCAGCUCUGGUCGGAGUGGACAGCGCUGAGCGUGGGCCCGCUCCUUUGCUCUGCGGGCGGUUCCGCAAGCGCGAGCACGGCCGCGCUGGAGCAGCAGGCAAAGAUGCUGUCGCAGGUGCACGGUGGGCAACCAUCUGGCGCGGCACCCGCCGUUGCUGCACCAACAAACGACGGCGGGUUGCGCCUCGUCAGCGUCGACGAGGUCAAAGGGCUCAAGGACGCACUGGAACGUUAGCCGCCAAAAGUGCACGUAUCAAGCAGCAGCAAACAAGUGGAUCGUAAUUAUGAUGAUUACGACAGUUGAGAGACUAG